AGUGAAAAGGGUGAUGCGGCAGGGAAGACCCCCCCACCCCACCCCCCAAAAAAACUGAUGCAGGCUUGAACAAUGCGUGCCGUCUUUCACUGAAAACACUCAGAGCCUGCAUUAGCAUUUUCUCAGACAAUUGAGGCUGUGGCCAGCUGCAGGCAUGGCUCAGAUGCUGCGCUGAAACCUCUUUUUCUGCACCCACUCAUGAAUAAGACCUCUAUGAAAAAUCUCGACUGGCCGCAUUCCUCAACACUACGGUUGCACCUAUGCCUCAGCUAACGUUAAGAUCCACUUCAGAGAUUGUGCCCCGGCAUUGAUGGCGAUCUGACAGAGGACUUGAGAAGCAGCCGAUCUCAGAAUGGAGGAGGGUGAGUACUUCCUGAAGGUGCUGAUCCCCAGCUAUGCAGCCGGCUCUAUAAUAGGCAAGGGUGGACAGACCAUCGUCCAACUGCAGAAAGAGACAGGUGCCACCAUUAAGCUGUCCAAAUCCAAAGACUUCUACCCUGGAACAACAGAACGAGUAUGUCUCAUACAAGGUACCGUCGAAGCUCUCAACAGUGUCCACAACUUUAUCGCAGAGAAAGUCCGUGAGAUGCCCCAGAGCGCCCAGAAACCAGAACCAGUCAGCAUACUGCAGCCACAGACCACAGUUAACCCAGAUCGGGUCAAACAGGCCAAACUGAUUGUGCCCAAUAGUACAGCUGGGCUGAUCAUUGGUAAAGGUGGAGCCACGGUGAAAGCAGUGAUGGAGCAAUCGGGGGCUUGGGUACAGCUCUCACAGAAGCCAGAGGGCAUCAACCUGCAGGAGCGAGUGGUAACCAUCAGUGGGGAACCCGAACAGAACCGUAAGGCUGUGGAAAUCAUUGUGCAGAAAAUCCAGGAGGAUCCUCAGAGCAGUAGCUGCCUCAACAUCAGCUAUUCCAACAUCUCUGGUCCAGUAGCUAACUCCAACCCCACAGGCUCCCCCUACGCUAAUACAGCCGAGGUGCUGCCCAAUGCAGCUGCAGCGGCUGCCACUGCCUCCAGCCUUUUGGGUCAGGCCGGACUCACAGGAAUGGGUGCCUUCCCUGCCACCAUGUCUAGUUUCUCUGGCAAUGAUCUCUUGGCCAUCACCUCAGCCCUGAAUACGCUGGCCAGCUAUGGCUACAACACCAACACCCUAGGCCUGGGUCUCAAUCCUGCAGCUGCCUCAGGAGUUCUGGCAGCAGUUGCAGCUAGCGCUAACCCUGCUGCUGCAGCUGCAGCAAACCUGUUAGCCUCCUACGCUAAUGAUGCAUCCAGCAGUGCCGGCCACCCCGCUACAGGCCUCAGUGGCUUCUCCCUGGGUUCACUAGCAGCUGCUACUGGGGCUUCCAAUGGUUACCUUAAUGCUUCAUCCCCACUGAUGGCCUCAUCCCUGUUAGCAACAGAGAAGCUGACAGACGGCACCAAGGAUGUGGUUGAAAUUGCUGUGCCCGAAAACCUGGUGGGUGCCAUUUUAGGAAAAGGAGGGAAAACGCUGGUAGAGUACCAAGAGCUAACAGGAGCCCGCAUCCAGAUUUCUAAAAAAGGAGAGUUCAUUCCUGGUACACGGAACCGUAAAGUCACCAUAACAGGGUCACCAGCCGCUACACAAGCUGCACAGUAUCUGAUCAGCCAGCGGAUCACGUACGAGCAGGGGGUGCGCGCCACCAACCCACAAAAAGUGGGCUAAAAUAAAAAUGAAGGGAAAUGAAGAAAAAGAUGGAGAUGGAAAAAGAAAGAAACUGAACGACAAGAUAAACAGAAAAAAAUUUCCAAAUAUAUGUUCAAUAUUUAAGUAUCAAAAGAAAGAAUUGCAAAGGAGGAGGUGAGGGAUAUGAAAAAGAUAAGUGUGUGUGACAUAUGAGUGUUUGUAGGACUGAUGUCCUGUUUUUAAAAAGUUUGUGUCGAGUCUUUUUGACAAUAGCAAUCAGAGGAAGCUGAACUGGUCCACUGCCAAUAUGCAGAUUCAAUGAUGAGGCCGCAAGGUCUUAACCUCCUCCAAAACCUCAUUAUUAUUAAUAUUUGUUAUUUUUCUUGUGUUUGGAUUUUAUUUUUGGUUAAGUAUCAGUUUGAAACCUCAGCUCCCAGUGAGCUGAGCUCGUCAGACAACUAUUGGCUCUAGAAACUUCACUCGUUUAAAACGGGAGAGCACCUGAGCUCAAUCUAAGAAUACAUUUACGUUGAAUUUUAAUUAGGCCCGAGCAGUGAAGCGCUGCGAAAGCCUAUUGUAAUCGCUCUGUUCAUUCAUAUUAUAAUUGAAGUUUCUAAAUUUGGGUAUUUUAUAAUUUUAUCCUUUAAUUUCUUGACACGGUCUCAUUCUAACAGAUUUUUUUAAACCUGCAAGUGUAGGUUGAUGUGAAUGUAAAACAAUAUUAGCCCACGUCUAUUUUUUAUUUACAGCGAUUAAAAAAAAAAAAUUGUGUUGUAAUGACAGAAAUGUAUAACUCAGACCUGGUCUGAACUGGGUCAGAGUUCAGGGUUUAAAUAAUCAGUGUGAGAGGAUAGAGGAGACACACAGGAAUGUAUACAUGUUUUACACACUCUCCUCAGUAACGCUCCCACUAAUGCACAAACACUAAAACAUGUUUGUAAUUUGAGUUACUGCGACAAACAGAAGAUCUGCUGUUUUUGAACCCUUUCUGGUGCUAUAGGAUUAGGUUCAUUCAGAUCUCUGUAACGAUUCCACAGUUUACUUUAAAGUAGCUGAAGCAUCAUCUGGACAUAAGUAGCCCACCAGAUCUGACCUAAACUCCCACCUAAUGACAAAUAACUGAUUUCAGUAAUUUAAAAAGAAACCCACUUUUUUUUUAAAUUCACAAAAGCUAUAUAUCUUUAAAUAUACUUUAACUGACAUGGUUUUUGCCUUACACAGACAUGUUU